GCCGGGGCUCAGUUGCCGCCGCCGCCGCCACCACCGCCACCGCCACCGCCACCACCACCACCACCGCCGCCGCUGUGGACAUGGAGCCCCCGGACGCCCAGGCCGGAACGCGCGGGGCCCCACAGCUGCUGGUGCUGGCGCUCCUGCUGGGGGCGCACCCAGGUGCCCAGGCUGAGGUACAGGUGUCUGUGCCGCCCCUGGUGGAGGUAAUGAGGGGGGAUCCCGUCACUCUGGACUGCACCCCCUUGGGGAUCCGUGACCAUUUCAUGCUGGAAUGGUUCCUGAUGGGGAAAUUGAGGCCAAGUAAAGGGAAGGCACUCCCCAGGGCCCCCUGGUGUCUGGGCACAGCUGAGACUGAGACUAGUCCCCCUUCAAAGUGCUGGCUCUUAAGAGAGAACAUUCAGAGACACCGAGAAAGUAAGAUGGCGGGGAGGGGGGCUAAAGAGAGAGAAAGAGAAGGAAUGGUGAGGACUUCUGAGGUAACAGGGGCCUCAGAGUUCAGAAUCCUGGCUCAGAGCCCAGGGCCAUGCCUGUGUCUGCCUCAGAUCGCCACCUGCAACAGCCGCAACGGGAACCCAGCCCCUGAGAUCAUAUGGUAUCGGAACGGGCAGCCCCUGCAAGUGCCCAUGGAGGUGAACUCAGAGAGCUACAUGACCAGCCGCACAGUGCGGGAGGCCUCUGGCCUGCAGUCUCUCGCCAGCACCCUCUACCUGCGGCUCCACAAGGCCGACCAGGAUGCCUCCUUCCACUGCUCUGUGUACUACCAGCUACCCAUGGGCCAGCAUGGCCGCCUGGACAGCCGGCCCUUCCGCCUCACCCUGCACUAUCCCACAGAGCACGUGCAGUUCUGGGUGGGCAGCCCGUCUACCACAGAGGGCUGGGUACGCGAGGGUGACUCUGUCCACCUGUUCUGCCGGGGGGACGGCAGCCCCAGCCUAGAGUACACGUUUUACCGCCUUCAGGAUAAGGAGGAGAAAAUGCUGCAAACAAAUUUUGUCGGGAACUUCACCCUGGAGAGCGUGCAGCGGAACCAGAGCGGGAUCUACGGCUGCAGAGUGGAAGACUAUGACGCUGCCGAGGACGCAGAGCUCUCUCAGACGCUGGAGCUGCGCGUGGCCUACCUGGACCCCAUCGAUCUCGACAACAUGGCGGAGGUUUCCUUACCCCUGGGCAGCAGCGUAGCCACCAACUGCUCUGUGCAAGGCCUGCCCACCCCUACUCUACGAUGGACCAAGGACUCCGUACCCCUGGGGGAUGGCCCCACGCUCUCACUCAACCUCAUCACCUUCGAUUCCGCUGGCACCUACAUAUGUGAAGCCUCCAUACCCACGGUCCCCCUCCUUAGUCGCACUCAGGUCCUCCAGCUGCUGGUUGAAGGGUCACCAGAGUUAAGGCCAGAGGAGAUUCAGCCCAAGGCAGAGGGCAGCUGGAGAGAAGGAGAUGAAGUCAGGCUGGCCUGCUCUGCUCGUGGCUACCCAGAGCCCAAACUCAACUGGAAUCAUUUGGGUGGCAGUCCAACAGAGCCAGUCCCCGGAGGGCAGGGCUGGGUGAGCAGCUCCCUGACCCUAAAGGUGACCAGUGCCCUGAGCCAAGAAGGUGUCUACUGUGAGGCCUCCAACCCCCAUGGGACCACCCGACAUGUCUUUCACUUCGGCACUGUGGCUCCCCAGACCUCCCAGGCCGGAGUAGCUGUUAUGGCCGUGGCCGUCAGCGUGGGCCUCCUGCUCCUCGUCGUUGCUGCCUUCUAUUGCAUGAGACGCAAGGGGCGCUCUGGCCGACAAAGGGAAAAGGGGGCUCUGCCACCUGGGAAGCCAGAGCUGAGCCACUCUGGGUCCCAGCGGACAGAGCAGACGAGCCUUCUCACGGGAGGGGCCUCUGGAGGAGCCAGGCACGGCACUGGGGGCUUCCGAGAUGAGUGCUGAGCCCAAAGACCUCCAAGAGGCAGUCACUGGACCCGACCUGGAGUUGCAGGCAUCAGAGAACCAGCCCUGCUCCUGCCCCACCCGCCCCUGCCUUCCCGGGCUUCCCUCUUCCCCUCCACCCUCCCUUCCUUCCUCUGCAGG